AUGGAUGAACCUCGGUCCGGUGGUUCCUCGGAGGUAUCACCUGAUACCAAGCUGGAUGAGAGAUCAGUGUUCUAUCUUUUCGAUGCCGAUGCCGACGGUAGACUCACAUCCGAUGAGUUCAAGGAGGCCCUCAGGGUCUGCGGGGUCCAAUUGACGGAUCGAGAGUUCACUGAGGAAGUGUUGGUCGAGUUCGGAGCUCACCCCAACAUCAUCAACUUCUCCUCGGCUGUUGCUGUCUGCCGGGAAAGGAACCCCGACCCUUCCGUUUUGAGAGAUCUAUUCGAUCCCUUGACAGACUCAGAAGGCCGCAUUCAAACUGAAUGCCUCGACUAUCUGCUACGACGAUCCAAGGAGUCCUCCGGUCAGCCGUCCUUCUCUGAGGAGGAGAUUACCGAUUUGCUCGAGGCGGCCGUGGAUGAGAACGGAACCAAAAUCAACGUCAACGAUUUCUGUAAUUAUCUCAUCAAGUCAUGA